CGAGGGGAAAAAAAAAAAAAAAUGCUCAGUGCCUCACUAGGGUGCAUUUAAUAAAAUCUUGGGUGGCCAUUAUCACGAGAUAACGGCGCUAAUGGAAGCUUGGCCAGAAAUGGGUAGGACUUUCUCCUCGAUCUCUCAUGUCUUCUCGUCCAUGGCCUCCACCCCGCUCGCCGCCCGCCUUCUCCCUCCGAUCUCCACCUCGAUCCAGGGGCGGCGCCGCCUGUUCCCGGUGAGAUCCUCGUCGUCGUCAUCGUCGCUGAAGCCUCCUCUUAUUCCCCACCAGGACCAUCGCGGGACAACUAGGCGGGCCGCCUCCGUCGGCUUCCUCCUCCUCCUCGUUGGCGGCCUCUCCACCCACCCCAACCGUGCUUACGCCGGCAAUCCGUUCGACAAGUAUGUUAAGCGGAAAAAGUUGGAUCCACUGGAGACAUACGUACCUGCUGUUCUAUUGACUCAAGCACAGUUCAAGGAUUUGGAGAAAUAUUUGGAUAUUGAGAAGCCAGAGUAUGGCAAAAGCAGAUCUUUGUUGCGUUCUGGUCCAGCAGCAUCUUUGCGCGUGAAUAUUCGAGCGGUGGCACAAUAUGCAACAGAUGAUGGUAAAGGAAAAGCCGCUUCUGAUGCUGUUGAUCAAUGCCUAAGGGCCUUGGAAGAUCUUGACUCACUGUUGCUGCAUGCUUCGAGGAAUGAUCCAACAACUUCAGUUGAAUCUAUGAAGAAGAAGAUCAAUAUUGCUCUGGGGGCUUUGGACAGCCUUUUGGAAACCGUGCCAACGGCAGUUUUGGAUAAAGGGAAGGCAAUUGCAGAUGCUUUUCUGGCUCCAAGCAUGCAGAGUGAUGAAAGCAGCCCAGAGGACUUGGAUCCCGGCAUGAAACAAUUGGAAGCCCUUCUAUGAAGUCCAUGGGAACGCCCUUCUAAAGAAUGAUCCGGUCACUAAAUUUUACUUAUUGAGGCUUAGAGUCUUCCAUACAUUGAGCUUACUCAUUAUACAGUAUACUCUUUAUUAUACUUUUGUCUUGCAGUGACAUCAAAUAUGAGUUCUUAUCAACAAUCCAGAUGGUUUUGCAGGUGAAGAAUGUAUGCCCUAUUGGUUUCAUUUCCACAUAAGAGGUGGGGUAUGAGGAGGCGUGGUUCUUAUCAUGAUAAAGGUCUGGAAAGUAGUUAAUUUGAUGGCAGAGUCUGUAAAUUGCCCACUCAAGAUUCAUACACAAGACUGACUGAAAGAAAUCCCAGGGAUUUAUUGAUGAGCUUCAUGAAAGUUAGGUUCUUUAUCCACAAAAUAUAUACUGCUGCUUGAUUAUA